UUCCAGCUGCCAAGGGGCCAAGGGAUGAGCUGGGGCCCUCCUUCCCAAUGGCAUCUCCCCCUGGUCUGGAACUGAAGACACUGAGCAAUGGUCCUCAAGCCCCAAGGAGAUCAGCUCCCCUGGGCCCGGUGGCCCCAUCCAGGGAGGGUGUGGAGAAUGCCUGCUUCUCCUCAGAGGAGCACGAGACCCAUUUCCAGAACCCUGGGAACACGAGACUGGGCAGCUCACCCAGUCCCUCUGGGGGUGUCUCCUCACUGCCCCGAUCCCAGCGGGAUGAUCUGUCCCUGCAUUCAGAGGAGGGGCCAGGCCUGGAGCCCGUGAGUCGCCCGGUGGAUUAUGGCUUUGUUUCCGCCCUUGUUUUCCUGGUGAGUGGGAUUCUUCUGGUGGUGACAGCAUACGCCAUCCCCCGUGAGGCUCGAGUCAAUCCGGACACAGUGACAGCGCGAGAGAUGGAACGACUAGAAAUGUACUACGCCCGCCUAGGCUCCCACUUGGACAAGUGCAUCAUCGCAGGCCUGGGGCUGCUCACGGUGGGCGGCAUGCUCUUGUCGGUGCUGCUCAUGGUCUCCCUGUGCAAGGGCGAGCUGUACCGCCGGAGGACCUUCGUCCCCGGCAGGGGCUCCAGGAAGACCUAUGGCUCCAUUAACCUGCGCAUGAGACAGCUCAAUGGGGAUGGGGGCCAGGCCCUGGUGGAGAAUGAAGUUGUCCAGGUCUCAGAGACUAGCCACACCCUCCAGAGGUCUUAA